AUGGCCGCGCCCGUAGGCGCCCGAGUUUCAAAGGAGGAAUUCAUGCAAGCGCUUGGCCUUGAUGUUAAUAACCCUCAGCAUGACCCAUUAUAUCGCGCAAUGAGAGACGAAGCGAUCGCUGUUUAUAAUCAGAUGAAUUCGGAUAGUUCAAAUUUGCUGGAAAAUCUGAGGCACGACCCGGAAGCGAGGCCGCCAUACUUCUGGCACCACAUGCGACCAGAUAGACAAAGAUGGGGUAUCUUGGAGAUCUGGUACCGAGCAGGACCAGUGACUCGACCUUUGUUCGAUCGCGGCGCAACAAAUGGCGAAUACGGCCCUAAUUGGGUAACUGGCUGGCUGCUUUACAGCGUCUUUCGCUCAAGAGAUAUUCGUAACAAUCGCAAUCGAAAGAAAAAUGACGAAAACAGCCCUGGAAACAACUCUGGUAAUACACCACAUCCCCUCCCUUGUAAAUAA